GGUGAUAGGUUUGCGGUUUGGGGUGGUGGUUUCAGAGUUUGGGUGGUAAGUUUGUGGUUUGGGAUGAUGCUUUUGGGGUUUGCAGCACUGGUUAGGGGGUUUUGGAGUUGUGGUUUUAGGGCUGACCCUUGCUGUUCCCACCAGUGGGGCCCUAUGGAGGAGCUGAGCCAGCUGACCCUCCCGGGCCACCGCACCAUGAACCCCUGCCCGCUGUACGAGGCCAGGAGCGGCACCGUUUUCCUCUUCUGCAUCUGCGUGCAGCGCCGCGUCUCCGAGUGGCACCAGAUCGUGGUGGGACGCAGCGCAGCGCGGCUCUGCUGCUCCUCCAGCCCGGACCACGGCCGCACCUGGAGCCCCCUGCGGGACCUCACCGACGAAGCCAUCGCUGCCGACCUGCCCAACUGGGCCACUUUUGCCGUAGGGCCGGGCCAUGGGGUGCAGUUGGACUCGGGCCGCCUGGCUGUGCCGGCGUACGCCUACUACGUUCACGGCCGGCUGUUCGGUUUCCCGUUGCCCUGCUGCACCCGCCCGCACUCCUUCGUCUUCUACAGCGACGACGGCGGACGGAGCUGGCAGAAGGGUUCUCUGCUGCGAGGCAUGCGGACCGGAGAGUGCCAGGUGGCUGAGAUCGGUGCCAAGGAUGGAGGGACGCUGCUUUACUGCAGUGCCCGUCGGCCGUGCCGCUGCCGGGCCGUGGCCAUCAGUGCUGACCGUGGCCAACGAUUUGGCCUCCCAGCGAGGUGCCCGGCGUUGUGUGAACCGCCGCGGGGCUGCCAGGGCAGCGUGGUCAGCUUUGUGCCGACCGUCAUUGGGUAUCAUGUAGGCACCACUGACACCGAGAGCCUCAGUGGGGACACCCAACAUUGGCUGCGCUGUUCGAACUCAACCAACCAGCACCUACGAUGCCAUUCAGGCAAUGAGAGUCCCAAUGGGGACACCCGGCGUUGUCUGCUCUGCGCUACUCCCCCCGCCAUUGUUGAGUGUCCUACAGGCACCACCAGCCCUGAAAGUCCCAAUAGGGUCACCCAACUCUGCUACCAUCCAACCAACCAGCAACAAAACUGUGAUUUAGGGCUCCACGUCAAUACCGCACCGCACAGUGAGUGUCCUAUAGGCACCACCAGCACCGAGAGCCCCAAUGGGGACACCCAGCAUUGGCUGCUCUGCUCCAACCCAACCAACCAGCUCCAGCAAUGUGAUUUAGGGACCAAGAGCCCCAAUGGGGAUACCCAGCAUUGGCUGCUCUGCUCCAACCCAACCAACCAGCUCCAGCAAUGUGAUUUAGGGACCAAGAGCCCCAAUGGGGACACCCAACGUUGGCUGCUCUACUCCCACCCCACCAACCGGCGCCACCGCCGCGAUUUAGGGCUCUACGUCAACACGGCACCACCCAACGAGGAGGGCUGGCAGCACCCACGGGUGCUGCAGGAGGGACCUUGUGGGUAUUCUGACCUGGCCGUGUGCCCCGAUGGGGUUUUUGGGUGCUUAUUUGAGUGCGGGGAGGUCAGUGCCUGCGAGGAGAUCGCCUUCUGCCUCUUCACGUUGGGCACCGUGGGAGGCACCAAAGAUGGUGCAGGCAGUGACACACCGUGCCUUGGGGAAGAACCCAUUUUUGGGGUUUUGUCCCCAGAGAGCAACGGGGAGAACUCAAAGGAAGAUUUUAGGGCUGCAAACCCAGCGGAGGAGAAGCAGCGUUACAAGGCUUUUAAUUAACACUUUUCUAAUGAUUGACUGACGCCCAUCGUUGGGUUGGCGAUGGUGUAGAAAGGAACUGGGUGUGGCAGGACAUGAGGGGACAGCAGCACAUGCCAGUGCCCAGAACUAAUCAGAAAUCAACAUUUUAGGGGGUGUGGUGGUGUUGGGUUGGGGUUGGACUUGGGGGCUCAGAGGUCUUUUCCAACAUCAGUGAUCCUGUGAUUUUCAGCUGGGGAAAACCCAAAAUCAGAGAUGAGUUACAAGUUCCUGACUCUAUUACGUACCAUGAGAGAAUAUUUCUCCUUUUUCCCCUGUUUUUCCAUUGCCUGACGCUUGCUCAGAGCCAAGCUCUGUCUGCCCAACCACAGUGGCAGACAGGUGGUGGCCACAUCCCCAGGCUGGUGAUGGCAGCUCAGCGUGGGCCCACAUCCUUGUGCCACCAGCAAAUAAAUCUCCAAAAAGAAUCCAACUGGGCGGCAGAAGGAGGGAUGUGGGACACCAAGUGGUGGGGACAUGGAGUGAUGGAUGUGUGGAGUCAUAGGGAUAUGUAACAUGGAAUCGUGGGGAUGUGGGACAUGGAGUUAAGGAGACGUGGGACACAGUGCUGGGGAUGUGGGAUGUGGAAGGGUGGGGUUUUGGGAUAUGUAGUGAUGGGGAUGUGGGACAUGGAGUUAAGGAGACGUGGGACACAGAGUGUUGGAGUUUUGGGAUAUGUAGUGAUGGGGAUGUGGGACAUGGAGUUAAGGAGACGUGGGACACAGAGUGUUGGAGUUUUGGGAUAUGUAGUGAUGGUGAUCUGGGACAUGGAGUUAAGGAGACGUGGGACACAGAGUGUUGGGGACAUGGGAUGUGGAGUGAUGGGGAUACGGGACAGGAAUGUGGGACAUGGCAUGAAGGAGGGCGUGGGGCAUGGAGUGAUGGGGGUUUGGGAUGCGGAGUGGUAGGGACAUGGGACAGGGAGUGGUGAGGACGCAGACAUGGAGCGGAUAGGACAUGGGGCAUGGAGUGCUGGGGGCAUGGGACAUGGAGGGAAGGGAAAUUGGGACAUGGAGGAUGUGGGACAGAGUGAAGGGAAUGUGAGAGUGAUUGGGGCAUGGAGUGAUGGAUACCUGGGGCGUGGAGCUGACAUGGAACAUGAAGUCAUGGGGAUGUGAGACAUGAGUGAAGGGGACAUGGUGUGGCACGUGGAGUGAUGAGGAUGUGGGAUAUGGAGUGAUGGGGACAUGGAGUGACGGGAUACAGGACCUGAAGGGGACAUGAGACGUGGAGUGAAGGGGACAUAGUGCACAGAGUCUGAAGCAGGGGGGCUCUCAGCAGUGCCCACCCUGUGUUCUGUGCCUGUCCUUGCACCCACAGUGCUCGUACACCUGGAGCAUCCAUACACCCCUGUGCCACUGUGCUCCUGUUUCUGCCAACUCUUUGCCAUUCCUUCAGGAAUUCAGCUGGUUCUGGUCCAUUGAGGGCUGUUUUGGGCAAGUGGUCCCAGUGCUGAUGUGGGGACAAAGUGGGGUGUCUCCAAACUCAUCUCCCUGCCCCGGAUGGGAUGGGAUGGGGAUGGUCUAGGGAUGUUACAGGACAGAAUGGGAACAGCCAGGGACAGUAAGGACCAAAAGGAUGGGGACAUCAAAAGGGGUUGGGACAGAUUUGGGACAGGGAGGAUGAGGAUAUGGAUAAUGGGGACAGGACGGGAUGGGGAUGCAGAGAAUUCAGACAGACAGGAGAAAGACAACCAGGAUUGGGACAAGGAUGAUAAGGAGCAACAGGAUGGGGACAGAAUGGGACAGGAACAGAGAGGGAUGGGGACAGGGUAGGAUUGUUAGAGAAAAGAAUGGGGAUAGACAGGAGGGAGACAGCCAGGGUGGGACAGGAUGAGAUGGGAACAGAACAAACUGGGGAGAAGAUUGGAUGGGAACAGGACGUGGAUGAUGGGAUGGGAAUGCACAGGACUGGAACAGCCAGGAUGGGGACAGGAAUGAUAAGAACCAACAGGAUGGGGACAAGAAGGAUAGGGACACAAUGGCAUGAUCAUAGGACAGAAUGAGAAUGGGCAGGAUGGGAAAAGGAUGGAAAGGGGGCAGGUUGGGAUGAGGACAGGAUGGAGUGGGGACUUCCAGGAGGGGGACAGGAGGAUGGAGGAAGCCAGGAUGGGUAUAGGGAUGACAGGGAGCUGCAGAAUGGGGGCAGGAUAGGAUGGGGACUGUCAGAAGGGGUGGGGACAGAUUUGGGACAGGGAGGAUGGGAACAGAAUGGGAUUCUUAAGAGGAGAGAAUGGGAACAGCCAGGAGGAGAACAGCCAGGAUGAGAGCAGGAUGGGAUGGGGACCAUCAGAAGGGGUUGGAGGCAGGGUGGGAGUAAAAUGAGAUGGGAACGAGGAAGGAUUAUUACAGGGCAGAACAAGGGCUUGCAGGAGGGGAACGGGAGGAUGGAGACAGGCAGGAUGGGGACAAGGAUGGAAUUGUUGCAGGACAGUGUGAGGAUGGCUGGGAUGGGGACAGGGAGGAUGAGGAUAGGAUGGGAUGGAGACAGGGAUGAUGGAGACAGGAUGG